AAAAAGCAGUGAAGCUGGCUGCCUUCAGUCCAAAACGAGCGAUGGCGGAGUUACGUCAUUCCAGCUCGAUUGGAAGUCGGCCAUCGUCGUCUCCUAUGAAGCGAGACGAAGAUACGGCGCCAUUGGUGACUGAUAACCAGUCUGACAACGAUCACCACGAGCGUCAUUCCUUUAGAGACCGUGAUAGACCUUUCUGGGUUAAUCUUCAAGCUCUGUUGCCAUACUUCGGCGAAGAAACUAGGGUUUCUCCUCACAUUUCGAGGAUCUCAUUGGCCUUGCUUUCACUCGUUCUUCUCGCCGGUUUGGCAUCCAUUCCUUCCAUCUGGAAUCGAUUGAAUGCCCCAUAUUUGUGUAGAAAAGAUGGCAUCGUUCUCAAUUGCCCACGUGUUAAGGAGUUGCCUUCACUUUGGGAGAAUCCUUAUUCAGCCACCACCUCCUGGAAACCGUGUGCUGAGCACCGUGAUGGUUUAAUGUCAGAUCUUCCUCCAGAGAAUGAAACUACUGGCUAUAUAUUUAUCCAUGCCGAGGGUGGUCUGAAUCAGCAAAGAAUUGCUAUAUGUAAUGCUGUUGCUGUGGCCAAGAUAAUGAAUGCCACCCUUAUUUUGCCAGUGCUGAAGCAGGACCAGAUCUGGAAAGAUCAAACGAAGUUCGAAGACAUCUUUGAUGUUGAUCAUUUCAUUGACUACUUAAAAGAUGAUGUGCGAAUUGUUCGUGACAUUCCCGAAUGGUUUACUGACAAAACAGAGCUAUUCACCAGUAUCAGACGCACAGUAAAAAACAUACCAAAAUAUGCAUCAGCGCAGUUCUAUAUUGACAAUGUGCUGCCCCGAGUCAAAGAGAAGAAGAUAAUGGCACUAAAACCUUUUGUUGAUCGGCUUGGGUAUGAUAAUGUUCCACAGGAAAUCAACCGUCUAAGAUGCAGGGUGAAUUAUCAUGCUCUGAAAUUCUUACCUGAUAUUGAACAUAUGGCUGAUAACUUGGCAUCAAGAAUGAGAAAUCGCACAGGCAGCUCAAAUCCCUACAUGACUCUUCAUUUGAGAUUUGAGAAGGGCAUGGUAGGUUUGUCAUUCUGCGAUUUUGUUGGAACACGAGAGGAAAAGGUUAACAUGGCAGAAUACAGAAAGAAAGAAUGGCCUCGUCGGUACAAGAAUGGCUCCCAUCUAUGGCAACUGGCCCUGCAGAAGCGUAAGGAAGGACGGUGCCCUCUUGAGCCUGGGGAAGUGGCUGUGAUUCUUCGGGCAAUGGGCUAUCCCAAAGAAACUCAAAUCUAUGUUGCUUCUGGACAGGUUUAUGGGGGUCAGAACCGGAUGGCCCCACUUAGGAACAUGUUCCCAAAUCUGGUCACAAAAGAAGAGUUGGCGAGCAAAGAGGAAUUAGAUGGCUUCAGGAAACAUGUGACGAGCUUGGCAGCCCUUGAUUUCUUGGUCUGCUUGAAAUCAGAUGUGUUUGUGAUGACACAUGGAGGCAAUUUUGCCAAGUUGAUCAUUGGGGCUCGCAGGUACAUGGGGCACAGGCAGAAAUCCAUCAAGCCAGACAAGGGUCUUAUGUCGAAGUCAUUUGGGGACCCCUACAUGGGCUGGGCCACCUUUGUGGAGGACGUCAUUAUUACACACCAGACACGUACUGGAUUGCCAGAAGAGACCUUUCCUAACUAUGAUCUCUGGGAGAACCCUCUUACUCCAUGCAUGUGCAAAGUGUGACCAUUUAUGGUACAAGUGAUGCUGGAAGCCUGAGUUUAAGAAGAGAAAUUUUCUAGCAGGGUCCUGCUCCCCGAGAGCAUAUUCGUUGAUGCAAAGAAAGAUCAGAGUUCUUCUCUGAGAAAAUUUGAAGAGCAGACAAAAAUGAGUG